CAGCAUCGGGAAACUCUAUGCCUUUAGCGGCACUUGUGCCCGCAUGGGAAUGAGGCAGUACGGCUAUAUUUCUAGACACUGUACCCAUAGCAUCUAUGUAUCCGGAUUCACAGGAAAAUUCAACUAGUCGAAUCCAGGCCCAUCUUACGGCUUUGUUUAUGUGUAGUAGAUGUGACCAACGCAUCGAUGUGAAGAAGCGCAUGGCUGGCGCGCUGCGGUCGUUGCUCGAUGCCUUGGUGUUGUUCGUGUGGCGUCGGCUAGCUUUCUUGCCUUUUCGUCUGAGGCAACAAGAGAGCCUGAUGAACGAGAUCACGAUUAAUGUGCGUUUCUCGGCUGACCUAGUCAUACCGCUGAAGCUUGAGCGGGGUGCAACCACGAAGGAUGUCAAAGAACAACUCGCCGAAAGACUUUCGUUGCCUGCCCAAGAGAUUCGCAUCAUCUUUGCUGGCAAAGAACUGCUGGAUCAAGUCUCAAUCAAGGACUACAAUGUGGAGGAGCAGACUACGGUGCAUGCGGUGCGCUCAGGGAAUGGCGGUGCUUGCAUGAACGCAGAGGUGCAGUGCCCCCUUGGUGAAGGAAUCAUCACCUCACAGCUCACGGAAGAGGAGCAUCUGGCACGCAAAACAGAGGCGGACAAGGCUCUGUUUUUUGUCUACUGCAAGCGGCCUUGUGACCGUGUUCUUCCAGGCAAGCUCCGGGUCUGCUGUGAAUCCUGUGGUGAAGGUUCCUUCAUUCUUCAAAAGGACCCAUCCUGCUGGAAAGAUGUACUUGAACCGGGCCGCCUGUUGGGACAGUGCCAGAUCUGUCACCAAGUGCGGGCCGCGCACUUCUUUUUCAAGUGCACAGGCAAAAUAGGUUCGCAUGAUGACCAGGGGCCUAUUGUGCUGCAGCUGAUACGCUACAACUACCUUCAGGUGCCUUGUCUUGCGUGCCUGGAUGUCAGCCGGAUUGUGCUGGUGUUCAAGUGUGCACACGUCAUCUGCCUGGACUGCUUUCGUGCAUAUUCCCGAAGCCGACUUGAUGAGCGUGGCUUUGUCCAGCAUCCAACUUUAGGCUGGACACUUCCCUGUCCUGUGGGCUGUGCAAAUUCGCUCAUUGAGGAGAGUCACCACUUCUACUUGCUUGGAAAUGAACAGUACCAGCGAUAUCAACGCUUUGCUGCUGAGGAAUGGGUCCUUCAGGCAGGAGGGGUGCUUUGUCCUCGACCUGGUUGUGGGCAGGGACUGCUGCCUGAACCGGGGUGUGACCGAGUGAAAUGUGAUCGCGGAUGUGGUUUUGUGUUUUGCCGGCUGUGCCUCCAAGGACACCACUUGGGGCCCUGCACUAGCAGCAGGGAAGCUGGCGAGGAACGAGCUGCUGGGUCAAGGUUCUUUGCAGCGCAAGGUAGCUCAUGGGAUGAAGCCAGUCGACUGACUGUGCAGGCUACCACCAAGCCAUGCCCGAAAUGCCGGACACCCACCGAACGCAGUGGUGGCUGUAUGCAUAUGGUGUGCAGCAGGUCGCAGUGUGGGUUCCAGUGGUGCUGGCUGUGCCAGGAUGAGUGGACGCGGCAAUGCAUGGGGGCCCACUGGUUUGGAUGAGAACGCUGACCCUUUCCUAGCCCUUUUGCUAGAAUGUGGUGCAGUGUGUACACCUGGUCAACACUUCAGUGUGCGGUGACAUGAACCUUAUACAUAAACGCACACGUCAUCCAACGACACGUAGUUAAAUGUGGAUGCAAGUUACCUGGGUGUGCAUCACGACUCUCUUCGUGGGAAGAGGUGUCAUGUGCUCAAAAAUUGGGCUUGCACCAUAUUCUUAAGUGCUCAUUGCUAAGUUUUAUAGUCUACAUUUUUACAAAACCAGCAGGCAUUUAUAUUUACACUGUACUGUACAAGUAUUGCAGCUACACAGGGUUGCUGGAGUACACUUACUGUGAUCAUAAGAGGCUACAGUAGCAGCAGAGCUGCAUAUAUUGUGCACUAACCCUUGAUAUUGAUUAUUAUGGUUCACAAGCAGUUGUUGGAGUUCAUUGCGAAUAUUUAUGCCUCUUGAUGUUAGACUUUAUCUUUCUCAAUAAGGCUGUGAGCAAUAGACUUUCUUUUUGUUACCAGCUUGCUCCUUUUGUUGCUUAGUGUAAUGGUGCUCUCCUUGUGAGAAGUUGUUUCAGGCUAUCUCAUUGACUUGAACUGCUGAACAGAUGUGGUGUCUAGUCCAACACUCACUUUUAAGUGUUCUGCUUUGUGCAAGUGUCCGACACGCUGGAACAGUGGUUAGGGUGGUCGGCUGCUUACCCAAGGAUUGCAGGUUCGAUACCAGCUGCGACGGUUGCAUUUUGAUCCAGGUGAAAUGGCAGAGGCUCGUGUGCUCUGUGAUGUCAGCGCACGUUAAAGAACAACAGAUUGUCAAAAUUUCUGCAGUCUUGCACUACAGCGCCUCUCAUAAUCACAUGGUGGUAGUGGGACGUGAAACCCCAGAUAUUUUUAUUAUUAUUUGUGGCAAGCAAUGAUUUCAAACAAAUGAGGUCUGAACGAGUUAGGGACACAUGGGCUGCACCCAGAACCAUAAACGAUUUGCAUGUAGCGGGCCUUGGCAUCCUUGUAAGUAUUUGCAUCUCAACAGCUCAGGGCCACGUGAACUGCACAGAAACGUCAGACAGGACAUCAUACUACUGCUGCACAAUUUCAUUGACAGGCAAGGUUCUGCUGAAUGUUGCAUAAGAAUUGCUAUUUUCUACCAGUGUUAGUGGUUAAUCCAUGUCACUGUGGGAGUCAUUAUUUUGCCUUCAUCACUACGGACAGGUUCAAUGGCUACUGCUCUACCAAUGAUGUCCUAAGGGGCGUUUCUCCUCAGGUAGGGUCACCCGAAGCUGUUAAAGUGAAAAUAUUUUUCUUGGACUUAGUGCCCUUGUGUGAGAAGGUAUAUCAGAUGUGCUAACUGGAGGGGUGUUGCACAUCUCUUGAAGCAUAUACCACUCAGAUUCCAGGGUUUGUAACAUUGUUUUUUGAUGGGGUUUCAGGAUUGACAAGCUAAUAGUAAACAGCAUAUAAAAUUUUAUAGGCGUGGCUAAGAUACUGAGAUACAGACAGAGAACUUUAUUUAAAGGGCCAGUAAGCAGCCCUGAGGUAAAAAAAUUUUUAAAAAGAGAUGAGUGUGCAGUUUUUUUUUUUGCGAACAUGCGGCCGCAAGAAUUUUGUGAAUACGUGGCAUACUACGGAAGUUACAGGGAUUAGAACAUUGGUCUAAUAAAUUGUCUGAAAUAGGAACACAGCCCCAGGAAACUUCGGUCAUCAAAAGGAAUACGAGGAGUUGGAAACUCGCGGACUGCACGCACUUUGUCGGGAUCAGGCUGUAUGCCAGUAGCAUCCACCGGGUGACCGAGGACGCGUAACUGACGAUGGCCUAAAUGACAUUUUGCAGAAUUCAGCUGUAGGCCUGCUCGUAGGAAGACGUCAAGGAUGGCCGAGAGCUGAUGGAGGUGGCUGUCGAACGUCGGUGAAAAAACAAUAAGGUCGUCGACCACGUAGAAUAAAGUCCACCAUGCAUUAUAAGGUGGCCGGGGCAUUACAUAGUCUGAAAGGCAUGAUUUUGAAUUGGUAGAGACCGUCUGGAGUGACAAACGCCAUUUUCUCGCGAUCCCUGUCAUUGACAGCAAUUUGCCAAUAGCCAAAACGUAAAUCGACCGAAGAGAAAUAACUGGCACCGUGUAAGCAGUCUAGUGCGUCAUCAAUACGCGGAAGCGGGUAAACGUCCUUUUUUGUGAUCUUCUUCAGAUGACGAUAAUCAAUGCAGAACCUCGAAGCAUUGACCUUCUUUUUUACUAAAACGACAGGGGACGCCCAUGGACUGAAGGAGGGUCCAAUAAGAUGCUUGGACAGCAUUUCCUUGACCUCUGUUUGUAUGACUUACGUCCUGCCGCCGACACACGAUAAUAGGGACGCCUAUGGAUGUGGGUUCAUCCUAGCGUGCGGUUGUCGAAAUCACAUAUGUCUUUCUAAGUCAUCAAAACGCGAUGGAGGGUGUCAGCCUAAGAAGGUUGUAGGUCAGGAGCUAUCAUUUUGUUGAGCUUCUCAUUAGAAGGCGUUGUCGGGGCCGAAGGUCGAGCAAACGCUGAUGGUUGUUGAUGGCUUAGUUCACAUACUCUGGAGUCGUCCAAAGGGGACAACACAGCAAGAGAUACGCCCUCAGGAAGAGCUUGUGGUGACGAGCCAAACUUCAGGAGAGGAAACCAAGCGCAGUUGUUGGUGAGCGUGCAGAUGCAGCGAGGGAGAGCUAUUUGACGUUCUAGUGUGACGGUGUAAAGUGGAGACACGAUGUAAGUACCAUUUUGAAGUGGUUGGCAAGGCGACAUGUUGCAGCUGAACAAAGUCAGUAGACCGAAGUCGGGACUGAACGUCUGCGCAGGUGUCGGUACAGCAUUGGGGUAGCUCAAGCUUCAGAACCUUGGUUGAACAGUCGAUAAGCGCAGAACGAACCCUCAAACAGUCUAUUCUGAGCAUCAUCUCGUGGGGCACUCGGCAAGUACAGUGAACAGAACCAACGUUGAGCGGUCGGCGAUGGUGAUAAGAGCGGUACACAUUCCCGUGACGGCAGUUGUGCUGCCGUUGGCUACUCGUAGGACAGACAAUUCGGUGGGCGUUAGCACUUUGUAAAGACGGCUACGAAGGUCAGAGUGCAUGACAGACACCUAAGUUCCAGUGUCAAUGAGGCCUUUAUUGGGCACAUGAUCAACAAAAACUUCAAUCAGGUUUCCUUUAUGGGCGAGGCUCAAUAGAAGUUUUGUAGUCAGAGUCGUCAACGCAACCUCACCUCUUGGGGCUGCAUUGGUUAGUUUCCCGAGAAUUGCCCUGGGUAGGAUGGGGACAGAGGUUGCCGAGAUCUAGCUGAACGGGACUGUCGACGCUGCGGAGAGGGCGAACGGCUAGUGACGAACCGAGGAGGAGUGGCAGGGUCAGCGUAGGACGAUUUGGCGUGUGGCGACAGAGGAUGAGUUGAGCGUUAAUAAGGACGGUCAUAUAUAGCUGAGGCGAUAAAUUACAGCGGCUAUGGUAGUGGCAGGAGAUAUGGCCGAUCCGGAAGCACACGAAGCAGAUUGGUCUGUCAUUCGGCGAUCGCCACUCAAGACAGGUUUGGUACUGGUUCGCCGAAUACUGUCGGGGCGUAGCAGAGGCAAUGAUCGGGGCGGUCAUGGUGAGACGUGGGCUACCGGCGGAUGGUAUGUUCAUAUUUGCAAUUUCUUGGCCAACAACAGUUGGUAUCAGCGAGAUUGUCAGGUUGCCAUGCGAGUGGGGACCGCGAGAGUUCGGAGCCGUAGAGCCUCAAGUUCGGGACGUAUGGCUUGCGUAAAACUUGGUGAUGCUGGUUGAUGCAGCGGUGCUGGUUCAUUACAGGACGAGGUUGGAGCCGUAUUAGGAAGCCGGUCGAAGCGUUGCACUUGCCUUUUGCUUGCUCAAAGAUGCGGCACUCUUUGAUGAGGGAGUCAACUGUUGUGCAGCUCUUACAUAACAAGAAGUUGAACGCAUCGUCGGCGAUGCCUUUCAUGAUGUGUCCGACCUUAUCUGCCUCCGACAUGUUCUCAUUGACUUUUCGGCAAAGUGCCAGGACAUCCUAAAUGUAGAAAAUGCACGAUUCAGUGGACGUCUGGGCACGAGACGCGAGAUUCUUCUGGGCUUCUGCUUGGCGUCCGAUUGGUUUCUCGAAAAGAUCUUGUAGCUUCUCUUUACAGAUGUCCAAACUUGCCAGUUCAGCUUCGUGCGUCUCAAAACACGCCUUUGUGGUGUCCCCCAGGUAAAAUAUCACGUUCCCCAUCAUAAGUGUUAGGUCCCACCUGUAACUCUUGGCGACGUGCUAAUACGUCGACAGCCACUCAUCAACGUCGACCUUGCCAGUUCCGGUGAAGACCCCCGGGUCACAUAGCGGAGGCAUCACGUAUUGCACUUGCGCCUGAGCGGCCGGUACACUGCUGUUAGUUAUAGCAGCGAAACCGAUGUGAUGUCUGCUGCGGAGAUUCAGCUCCGACUUCCGCAGAGACGCACCCAGCACUUCCACCAAAAUGAUACGCAAAGAGUUGAAGUUGCAGACGCCCUAAGGCAAAUGUGACACAAUCGGUUCUGAGCCCGAGACGCUUCAACCUUUUCUAUGGCUAGGAGCAUCCUCUAGUCGACAUUGGAACCAACACCUACGUAACAAUAUGUGGGGUUGAACGUCCCAAAACCACCAUAUGGUUAUGAGAGACGUUGCAGUGGAGGGCUUCGGAAAUUUCUACUACUUGGAGUUUUUUAACGUGCACCAAAAUUUAAGCACAUGGGCCUCAAGCAUUUUUGCCUUCAUCAAAAAUGCGGCCGCCGCAGACAAGACUCGAUCCCACAAUUUGCGAGUCAGCAGCCGAGUACCUUAGCCACUAGACAACAGCGGCGGGCUGGCCCACUGGUAGACCAGUUCAAGUUGUAACGGAAAAAUAGCAAGCCACAAAACAGAUAACCAACCAAAAAAACUGUAUAAAAAGGAAAAAAUAUGUACGUUAGAAACUACAGCUAAAGUAACUACUGCUAAACUACUAAAGAACCAUUAGUUGCUCCAUAAAUUCACAUAAAGACAUACAUUCACAAACAGAGAUCCAGCAAGUUUUUGUUAGUACUGUUUAAAACAUCAACAUUUUUUGGUAUAGAUAUAUUCAGAGUAAAAUCGAUUACAUGAUCAAGUUUUUCUUUCCCAUAAUGAGUACCCGUGAAAGGAACGCGAUAUGGAGGGUGUUACCUAAAAGGAUAGAAAAUUUUAUUUGCUCGAAGAAUCGCGAUUGCUUCAAAUAGUUGUAUUCUUCCUAAUAUAACAUUUUUAUAUGUCUUAGAAGUUUAUGUUUGCAUAUGUUCUGAAUCUUCAUGAUUUUAUGUUUUUAGAAUAAAGAGUCUGUGUGUUCCAGAUACGAGGAGUUUUCUAUUGAACGAAGCGCUUUUGUUUCGGACUGCUGUAAGUUUGAUACUGUCAUGUUUCCCCAUAUUAAAGUGCAAUAAUAUAAGUGAGAAUUAAAAAGAACAAAAUAUAACAUCCUUUUAUUGAUAACAACAAAAAAGUGAUGGUUCUGAUUUAAUGCAUCGGUGGCUCUGCGAAAAUUUGGCAAUAAAGUUUUCUCAUGGUCAUUCGA